GCUGGGGACAUUGAGAGCCCGGACGCCUGCUCCGGCUCCAGCGUCUGCUCGUUCGCUUCACGGCGCCUCCCCCGCCAGCAAUGACGUCGGCCGAAGUUGGUGCUCUGGCUUGCCAGAGAGACUCUUACAGACAAUCGAUUGACUCGACCGUGGUCGAGGUCAGCGCAGCCAAAGACUCGGGCAACUUCCAUGUUGUCCUCUCGGACACCGUCCUCUUCCCCACAGGCGGUGGCCAGCCGAACGAUCUCGGCACGCUUGUCCUCAAGGACGUCUCGAAUCCGCAGCAAACCAUCGCCGUCCAGGUGCUGGAUGUCCAGCGAAUAGGUCUCAAGUGUGUCCAUGUGGUUCCUCGCUCGCUGGAGGUGGGCCAGACGGUCGUCGUCGUGCUGGACUGGAAGCGCCGAUGGGACCAUAUGCAGCAACACUCGGGACAACAUCUCCUCUCGGCCAUCGCCGAGACCGAGUUCAACUGGGACACAGUUGGUUGGAUGCUUGGGAAAGAGCGCAACUACGUCGAUCUGAGCCCAACCGCAAACCAUCCUGCACCCUCAGCCCAGCUUGAUAUGGGAAUCCUCCUGCAGAUCGAAGAGCGGGUCAACCAGGUCAUUCGCCAGAACCUAUCAGUGAUCGUCCACGAGGAUGACCACGACGAGACCAAAGCCAAGCCCGAGUCUAUGCCCAACGACAUCGACCGGGGCGUGGUCCGCUGGGUCGAGAUUGGCAAGCUGGAUCGGAAUCCGUGCUGCGGCACGCAUGUCAAAAGCACUGCUGAGCUGCAGGUCCUGAAGAUCCUCUCCCUCGAACGAAUCCGUGGCGGCAAGCACCAGAGAGUCAACUUUGUCUUUGGCGAUCGCGUGGUGGCGGCGCUCCAGGCCUCGCUCGAGAGAGAUCGGGCGCUGGGCCCUCUUUUGAACACUGGCCCCGAGAGCUUUGUCGAGACCGUCACCCGCCAAAGCCAGCAGUUGCGCAUCGUGCUCAAGCGGACCAAAGAUCAAACCAAGGAGAUUGCCGAGCUGCUGGCCUUCAAGCUCACCCUCGAACUGAACUCCUCCGCUGAGCCUGCCCAAGUUCUAGUCCACCAUCGCGAGGACGGCGAUGCAGACUUUGCAUCGGCAAUGGUCAAAGUAGUCGUCGAACGAUGCCCGCAGAUCUAUUGCGUCGUGACUGUCGGAUCUCCAAAGGAAGGGGGCAUGGUCGUGAUCCAAGGCCCAAAUGCAGUUGGGGUUGAUCAGAUUGUCAAGUGCUUUGCCAAUGCUUGUGGGGACUCUGUCAAAGGUGGGGGUCGGAACGACAAAUGGCAGGGCAAGGCAGUCAACUGGAAGGGGUUGGCCGCAGCGCAAGCAGCGAUUCAAGUCCUGCAUCUAUAACCGCAACAGAGCGCCCUUAAACUUGCAGGGAACAUACUGCUGCCUCGCUCAGGAGGACUGGAGGGUGCCUGCAACACGAAACUGGCACCCUGCCUGAUGGCAUUUGCUGUUCUCUGGAUCUUGAAUACACACUCGCCUGGCAUGCUCCGCAACACGCCGAUGAGAACUUGCCAGCAACGUG